GCCGUGGAAGAGGUCCGGAGGGGGGCCACAGAGGUUCUGGAGGGGGAACAGAGGCAGGCGCUCAGCCAGGCCGAGGGCAUCCAGACCCACCUGGAGCAGAAGAGCCUAGAGCUGAAGAAGACCCUGGCCAGAGUGGAAAGACUCUUCAGGAACAAGACGGACGUGGACUUCCUGCAGGUGAGAGACUGGGGCUCCCGGGUGAAGCUUCCCAUUUUUACUUUUUUUAUUUUUUUAACAUUUUAGUCAUUUAGCAGACGCUCUUAUCCAGAGCAACUUACAGUUAGUGAGUGCAUACAUUUUUAUUUAUUUUUCAUACUGGCCCCCCGUGGGAAUCGAACCCACAACCCUGGCGUUGCAAACGCCAUGCUCUACCAACUGAGCUACACAGACCUAGGAUCAGUUUCCCCUCCUCCAAACCUAACCUUAAAUUGAAUCCAUUUUAAAUUCAGGCUGUAACACAACACAAUGUGGAAAAAGUCAAGGGGCAUGUAUUCUAUUGGUUGAUGGUAUAUACUGCAUCAUACUGCGGUCUUUGGAAGUGCCUGACUGCUCAUUUGACUCAUUCUGAACCCUAUCCUGAGAGGACUACUGUAUUAAUCCAUUUACCUCUUACCCUUUGCCUCAGCUUUCCCCUAUGAUCUGUUAAAUAUUGUCUUGGUCAGUAAUUUUGACUCGUCAAUGUUUAUUGUGGCUGUCAGUGUGUUGACAGUGUUAGGGAAGUGACAGGACAAGUGCCAAGGAAAUCCAAGUACUAGGCCCUGGUGGGAAGAGCUAUAGGAGGAUGGGCUCAUUGUAAUGACUGGAAUGGAAUUAAUGGGUUUCCAUAUGUUUGAUGUGUCAAAUGUGGUUUCCAUAUGUUUGAUGUGUUUGAUACCUUCCAUUGAUUCCAUUCCAGCCAUUAGAAUGAGCCCAUUCUGCUAUAGCUCCUCCCACCAGCCUCCACUGCUUACCAUAGACACUUCAUUUAGAUCUUAAAAUAAUUUGAUAGGUAUAAACAGUAUAGCCAAGAACCUACCAAGUCUAUUCAAGGGAAAGCAAUACUACCAUAUUGCUUUUACCUAUCUGAAAUGUCUAGGGGGUAGAGGCUAGGGGUUAUUUCUGGAUGGGGCCCUAUUGUGCAUCCCAAAUGGCACCCUAUUUCUCAUAUAGUGUACUACUUUAUAGUACACUACUUUGCAUGCUGUGAUGGAGCAUUUGCAAAAGUAGUGCACUAUAAAGGGGAUAGGGUGUCAUUUGGGAAACAUCCAUAGUUUUCUUAGUAAUGUGAGUGACAGUAUUGUGAGUGGCUCCUCCUACUGGUGAAUGUAGGAAUACUCAGAGUGGAAGACGGGGGUAGUGGAUGUCUGUCUGCCUGAGGUCUGCAUUGGCCUCACAGAUCGCCUGGCCUCCUUCAGCUGCCUGCUCACUGAGUCCACCCAGGAACUGUGUGACCAGCUCAAAGCUACCUACAGGAACAAACUGAAGGACAUCUGCAAGACUGGUGAUGAGUGUACACAUUUUAACCAGGGCCGUGUUCAUCAGGCACCAAACAGAACAAAACUAUAGAAACUUUCGUUUUCGGUUUAUUUUUACAUUUUCCGUUUCGUGACAUAAUGAAAACGACCCAGGUUGUUAUUGUAAAAGAGAAUAUGUUCCCAAUGACUUGGCUAAAUCAAAGUUAAAUAACUGUUGGAUUAAUAUCCAUAGUCUUCCCAAUGCAUUGUAUCAUAGAGAGUUCUCUAUGUAUUACCUGGAGGAUAACUCCCAUUUCUCCUACACUGACCUACAGAGAAACUGGGCAUUACAACCAUGGUCCAUCCCAAGAUGCCUGAGCCUGAGACGCGAGAUGACUUCCUCAAGCGUAAGAUGUCUUUUUUAUUACAUUAGCAACAAUGACAUUUUUUAUUUACAUAGCUAGUGCUCUUCACAAUGAGCUAACCCUUUUGAGAAAUAGCCUGACUUGGUGUAACCUUUCACGUGUAUUAUAGCGACUUAGAUAACCUUAGAAUAAGCAUGUGUGUGUUUGUAUUGUCCCUGCAUGUGUCCUAUGCUGGCAACAAAUCCAAUUUCCCCUCUGAGGAUGAUUAAAGUUUAUUCAAUUCAAUGUGUCUACUUGGCAGAUGCCAGCAGUCUGACCUUUGACCCAGACACUGUCCACAAGUUCCUGAGACUAACGGAAGACAACAGGAAGGUGACUAACACCACGCCCUGGCAGCACAGCUACCCAGACACGCCCGAACGCUUCGAGUACUGGCGUCAGGUGAUGACCUCAGAGAGCCUCUACCUGGGCCGACACUACUUUGAGGCAGAGCUGAGCGGGGAGGGCGUGCACGUGGGACUCACCUACAAGAGCAUCGACCGGAAAGGCGUGGAGAGCGGCAGCUGCAUCACAGGAAAUGACUUCUCGUGGAGCCUCGGAAGGGAGGGGCGGAGCUUUUCCACUUGGCAUGCUGAUAUGGAGGCUGUCGUGGAAGCCACAAGAGUGUUCACAAGGAUUGCUGUCUACAUUGACUUUGACUCAGGCUCAUUAGCUUUCUAUGGUGUGACUGACGCCGCUAUGACACUCCUCUACAGGUACAAGGCUGAGUUCAUGGAGCCCUUGUAUCCUACUGUCUGGCUCUCAAAGAAGGACAAUGUGGUGUUAUUGAUCGGCCCUAAGGACCCCCCACUAAUGAAGAGCUCAACUCUGCCUGCCACCCCCAUCACUCUCAUAGCAACAUCCGCUCCUGUCACUCCGGAAUCAUAAUACUUUGACUGCAGUAGUGUAGUUAGGUUAGAGAGGCGGACCAGAACACAUUUCUGUUUCCCACAAAUAUAAUAAAGUAUCUAUUCUAUUCAUAAGAAGUUGCCUGAAGUGACUGAUACUGUACUUAUUUAACAGGACACAGCAUCGAGUAUCACAAGACAGCAAACACAGACUUCACAGGGGGUGUCUGCUCUCAUCUAGUGGUGAUAUGGAACAAAACAUAUUGUGUUGGUAUGACACUGAGGGAUUGAUUAAUAACUUUUUAACUGCUCAUUUUAUUGGAUCUGGUUAGCAAGUGACUGACUUACUAACUGCUGUGAUUGGUCUGGCAAUUGGCAUUAAAAAGUACAUUAAGUGUUCACAUACUAUGUUUAUUUGACAUUGUGCUGAGUACUUACUACUGAGAUGAGUUAAAGGACUGUCUUUCAUUUUUGUGUCCAUGGUCAAUCCACUGUAAAUCAUAUUAACAAUGUGACAAAGCUUUUGUAAAAUCUUUUCAGAAUCGAUUCACAAAUAUGAAUUGCUUGACUUUUUAAAAUACCUAAUACUUAAUAUGAAUUUAAGCAUGAAACAUAUUCUUUAUACAUUUCAGAUACAUUACAACACGUAAGAAAUUAUUCUCAUAAGAAUGGGCACGUAAUAUUAACAGAUACCAUGACACAAAGUUUCAGGCAGUGAAAUCGAUUGAGGUCUCGUUAUCAUCAUACGCGGGGUUAACAAAAUGCACACCUGACUGUGUCAGGGAGAUAGCGUUGGCGGCUUCACUCCCAUAGAUACCUGGUACUUCGGGCAUCAUAGUGGGCUUGUCGAAGAUAGGGUUUUCAAAGCCGUGGUCUGUGAAGUCCCCGAUAUCCUCCUGACUUCUCUUCAUGCUGCUCAGAGAAGGGAUGGAGAUUGUGGGCAUGGUUGGCAUUUUUAUGAUGCCUCUGCGGAAGAGGACAGCCAGGAGGGGAAGACCAACGACUACUAUCAGGACCCCGAACACGGCUCCCACCACCACUGCUGCGUUGCCCCCUGCCCUGUCACCACUGGUGGCCCCAGAGGAGGCCUGGAACUCAGCCCCGGUUAUGCCCAAGUUUGAGCCCUGGGCUUGGACGUCCUUCAAUAUGUCCCGAGCCAGGGCCUCUGACACCGCACCAGACUCACCAUCCAGGAGCACGAUCUGGAUCUCGGCGGCAGCCGCACGUGGGAUUACACCGAGGAAAUACUGGGAUUUGAGCACCUUGGACAUGCCUAGCUGGAUGGACUGGUACGAGGGCAGACCAAGGAAGAGGUGCUGCAGUCGAUUCCAAUAAGACUCCAGGUUGAAGCCUGAGGAAUACUGGACGGUGACGAUGGCACCACACACGUCGCAGCAGUGUCCCGUGGGGUACAGUGGCUUCUUACAGUUCAUAGGAGUACAUGUCACGGUGCCACAGAUCCUUUUGUGAUUCACAGAGUUCCCACAGACACAGCCAGAGGCGUCAUCGCAGCCAGAAACCCCAACGCUGGGGGACGAGGUGCCGUGGAACUGCAGCCGGCCAGAGAGCGAACCCAGAUACUGGGUAAACUCCGAGCUGCUGCUGAACUUCUUCCCCAGCACGGACACACUCUGGACGGGGACGCUGAACUGGUUGGAGGUGGUGUCCACGCGGAACGAGGAGCCGGCACGGAACAACACGUCGUCGUACUGGCAUGGCACGCUCUCCUCGUGUACCGAGAACAGGAAGCGACCUUUCUCCAGGUCAUCUAAAGAUGCCGCCGCCUGCCACAGCGCCGGGUCGAACCACUGCAGAGACUCUGCAUCUUUGAACUGGGCGGUGACGCCCGCCCCGCAACCGGGGUCCCCUCCGUUACUGACCGUGAAGCCUCCCCCCGAGGGAAGGAUGAACUCCCCGUCCACCGGUAGCCGCAUCUCCUGGACGGAGUGGACCGUCUCCACGUACACAGACACUUUCCUCAGAGCCGAGAACUGCACUAUGUCGUUGCCGCAGGGCAUGGACCCUUUGUCCCAGUUGGUCUUGUUUUCAUAGUUAGUGUCGGGUAUCCACUGCUUGUACAGGGCGUCAGCUGCCUGGAACAGACAGAGACCGAGGAGAAGAAACACGGCUGGUGUUUUUGUCAUCCUGAAUGCUUGUGACAGAAGUGGUUGGACUUCGGGGUGACCUUUGUCUCUGACAGUGUGACUGUCAC